CAGAUCACAAGGCGGCGGAGGAGAAGGCCCAGAGACCUGAGCUCCGAGACUUCAACCGCGGCCUACGCCGAAGCCCAGUCUCCAUCCAAGGACCGGGGGAACCGCAGUCUCCAUCACUGAGGUACCGUGCUCCGCGCUGCUCGCCCGGCCAGACCCAGCCCCGCUGCAGCGGCGCCUCUUUCCUUCCUCUUUCCCUCGCUCUCUCGCUCGCUCGCCAGCGCCUUCCCUGCCCGCCUGCGUCACCGCGGCCGCCAUGGCUGAGAACGGCGAGAGCAGCGGUCCCCCGCGCCCCUCCCGCGGCCCAGCUCCGGCCCCAGGCUCGGCAGCUGCUACUCCGGCCGAGCCCAAAAUCAUCAAAGUCACUGUGAAGACUCCCAAAGAGAAAGAGGAGUUCGCGGUGCCCGAGAAUAGCUCGGUUCAGCAGUUUAAGGAAGCGAUUUCGAAACGCUUCAAAUCCCAAACCGAUCAGCUUGUGCUGAUUUUUGCCGGAAAAAUCUUAAAAGAUCAAGAUACCUUGAGCCAGCAUGGCAUCCAUGAUGGACUGACCGUUCACCUUGUCAUCAAAAGCCAGAACCGACCUCAGCAAGGCCAAUCCACCACGCAGCCUAGCAGUGCCGCGGCAACUACUACUACCACCACGGCAUCGACUCCCAGAAGUAACACCACACCUACUACCACAAAUAGCAACCCGUUUGGGUUGGGGAGCCUGGGAGGACUUGCAGGCCUUAGCAGUCUGGGUUUGAGCACCACCAACUUCUCUGAGCUUCAGAACCAGAUGCAGCAGCAGCUCAUGGCCAGCCCUGAGAUGAUGAUCCAAAUCAUGGAAAAUCCCUUUGUUCAGAGCAUGCUUUCGAAUCCUGAUCUGAUGAGGCAGCUCAUUAUGGCCAAUCCACAGAUGCAACAAUUGAUUCAGAGAAACCCAGAAAUCAGUCAUCUGCUCAACAACCCAGAUAUAAUGAGGCAGACUCUCGAAAUCGCCAGGAAUCCAGCCAUGAUGCAAGAGAUGAUGAGAAAUCAAGAUCUGGCUCUCAGCAAUCUCGAAAGCAUCCCAGGUGGCUACAAUGCUCUACGGCGCAUGUACACUGACAUUCAAGAACCGAUGCUGAAUGCCGCACAAGAGCAGUUUGGGGGUAACCCCUUUGCCUCAGUGGGGAGCAGUUCCUCCUCUGGGGAAGGUACUCAGCCUUCCCGCACAGAAAAUCGGGAUCCACUGCCCAACCCUUGGGCGCCACCGCCGGCUACUCAGAGUUCUACGACCACCAGCACCACUACAAGCAGUGGCAGUGGAUCUGGCAGCAGCUCCAGCAAUACUACCGGGAACACUGUGGCUGCAGCUAAUUAUGUUGCUAGCAUCUUCAGUACCCCAGGAAUGCAGAGCCUGCUGCAACAGAUAACUGAAAACCCUCAACUGAUUCAGAAUAUGCUGUCGGCACCCUACAUGCGAAGCAUGAUGCAGUCGCUGAGCCAGAAUCCAGAUCUGGCUGCACAGAUGAUGCUGAGUAGCCCACUGUUUACGGCCAAUCCUCAGCUGCAGGAGCAGAUGCGUCCUCAGCUCCCAGCUUUCCUGCAGCAGAUGCAGAAUCCAGACACACUGGCAGCCAUGUCAAACCCGAGAGCAAUGCAGGCUUUAAUGCAGAUCCAGCAGGGGCUACAGACAUUAGCCACUGAAGCACCUGGCCUCAUUCCAAGCUUCACUCCAGGUGUGGGGGUGGGGGUGCUGGGAACGGCCAUUGGCCCUGUGGGCCCAGUCACUCCCAUAGGCCCCAUUGGCCCUAUAGUUCCUUUUACCCCCAUAGGCCCUAUUGGGCCCAUAGGACCUACUGGCCCUCCUGCAAGCUCUCCUGGCACCACCGGCUCUGGUGGCCCCACUGCGCCCACUGUGACCAGCUCUGCACCCAGUGAGACCACGACUCCAACAUCGGAAUCUGGACCCAACCAGCAGUUCAUUCAGCAAAUGGUGCAGGCUUUGGCUGGAGCAAAUCCUCCACAGCUGCCGAAUCCAGAAGUCAGAUUUCAGCAGCAACUGGAACAGCUCAACGCCAUGGGGUUCUUAAACCGUGAAGCAAACUUGCAGGCCCUAAUAGCAACAGGAGGCGACAUCAAUGCAGCCAUUGAGAGGCUGCUGGGCUCCCAGCCAUCGUAAUUACAUUUCUGUACCUUGAAAAAAAUGUAUCUUAUUUUUGAUAAUGGCUCUUAAAUCUUUAAACAUACAUACACACACACACAUCUUGCUUUACUUUCAUUAUGAUUCUUUUAAAUCUGUCUAGUUAUAAAUCUAAUAUGAUGCAUUUUAAGGUGGAGUCCUUCACUAGCUUUUUCCCUCCUUCCCUUUCCUCUCCCCUCCUUCCCUCCCGCCUCUCUCCCUCCCCC